GUAAAAGAACCUCCUCCUCUUCUGCAUCGAUAAUGGCGGUUUCAAAGCUCCAUCUCCUCUUUCUUCUCGCAGUCUUUCUCUCCCUUCAUCGUCCUGUUCUUUCCGACAACGAUGAAGAAGAUCUUCUUCUUGAACUAUUCAACGUAUACAGAAAAUCAAUAAAACUAACAACCUUAAGAAAGAACGAAAACGCAGAAUGUUUCGCAGACGAAGUCGCAGGCCAAUUCAAGAACCAACCCUGCACAAACGUCACUGGCUCAGCUUUAGUCCCUGAAACAGAUCCUAGGAUCCAAAAUCUCCCUAACCUCCUCGCUAAAUGCCACCUCAACACAACCGUAAUCAGAGACGGUGCGGUAAUGCAAGUUUGUGUUCCUAAGCAUGAUCAGAACCCUAACUUGACCGAUUUCAGCGUUGCCGUAUUCAAGAACUUGAAUGAUUCUAAGUUCACUGGAGUUGGUAUCGGUUCUGAAAGUGGUGGUGAGUGGGUUGUUGUCGUCCUCACUACAAACACAUUCGAGGGUGGCUAUGCUAUCUCAGGAGCUUUUGUAUUUGGAGUUAAUGGCGUUGUUGUUUCUUCAACUUUCUUGUUUCUUCUCUUUUGUUUCUUCAUGUUUUGAGUCUGUUUUUUUUUAAGUCACCUCGUUUUCUUUUGUUUCGUAAUAUGGUGAGAAUUUGAUAAAUUCUUACGGCAUUAAAUAAUAGAUUGGAGCA